AUGUUUGUUCUUACAAUUGCAACGGCUAGUUUUGAAAUAGUUUAUGGUGUUCGUACAAAUUCGAAUUCUUUAAUAGCUGAUGGAUUAUAUUCAUUUGCUGAAGGUCUUUGUUUAAUUGGUGUUCUUGUAGUUCUUCAUUAUUCAUGUGAUAGAAAACAUCAUGAUAAAAGAAAUACAUUUGGUUAUGAACGAUUAGAAUUAUUAUUUGGUCUUAUACAAGAAGUAUUUCUUUUAUCAAUAUCACUGGGUAUUAUAGUUGAUGCUGUUAAUCAUUUAAUUAAUCCUAUACAUGUACAUCAUCCAAAAGUAAUAAUUAUUCUCGGCAUAAGUGGUAUGUUUAUUGGUCUACUUGGUAUAACUAUGUUUUGGGGUUAUCAUCAUGAUCAUAAUAUACAAGAAGAAAUAGCCGAAAAGAAAAGACGAGAAUUUUUAUCAUGGACAAAAACGCAUGUGAAAGCUAAACGUAAAAAAUCUGCAGGAUCUCGUCAAAAUACAAUUGUUGAAGAUCCAUUAAUGACUGAACAACAAAAUGAUAAAGUUGUUUUAUUUGAAUCCAUCAUUGUUGUUAUAUCUGGUUUGAUGAUUCACUUUAUUCCACAUAUAGAUCCAAAUACAGGAAAAGAAAUCAAUACUUGGUUAAAAUAUAUUGAUCCAUCAUUAACACUUAUAAUGGUUAUUGUUAUUGCUAUUCAUGCACUUCCUGUUAUAUUUUCUAUAAGCAAAGUAUUAAUUGAAAAUGUUCCAGGUGGUAUUGAUACACAAAGAUUAAUGAAUGAAAUUGUUACAGCUAUACCAGCAAUUAAAAGUAUACAUAGUUUUCAUGUUUGGAGAGCAACACCUAAAGAUAUUUAUGCAACAUUACAUCUUGCAUGUGAUGAAGAUGUUGUGAUAAGUACAUGUACAAAUAAAUAUGGUAAAAUUAUACAAAAAAUUUUUAAAAGUUACUGUAUUCGCUAUUUUACAUUACAAUUUGAAUAUAUACCAUCAAGUGAAUCUGAUGAAUUACUUGUUUAUCAUUGUGUUCAUGGACUUCAUAGAAAACGUCGUGGUCAUACAUUUGAUGAACCUAUGACAAAAUUAGCUAAAGAGGCAAUAGUUCAUAUUCAAUAG